AUGUCGGUUCCGCAAGACAAGAAGACGGUGCUCGUCACUGGAUGCACUCCCGGUGGCAUUGGCCAUGCUCUCUGCCUCAAAUUCCACGCCUCCGGCUACCAUGUCAUUGCUACAGCCCGCCGCCCCGAAGUCCUCGACGGCCUCCGGGACAUGGGCAUGACAACCAUUGGUCUCAAUGUCGACCAGCAGUCCAGCAUCAACGAGUGCGUGGCGCAAGUGACCAAGCUGACGGGCGGUACUCUCGACAUUCUCGUCAACAAUGCCGGCGUCAUGGCACACAUGCCCGCCGCCGACAUCGACCUCGACGACGUCCGCACCAUGUUCGAGACCAACGUCUUUGCCGUCAUGGCCAUGGUCAAGGCCUUUGUCCCGCUGCUCAUCCCCGCACGCGGCCUCAUCCUGCAAAUCUCCUCCAUUGCCGGCGUCGUCGCCGAUCUCUACGCCAGCGGCUACUCGGCCACCAAGGGCGCCCUGACAUCUUACUCGCGCACCCUCCGUCUCGAGCUCAAGCCCUUCAAUGUCCGCGUCAUGAUUGCCCACACCGGCACCGUCAAGUCCAACCUCACCACAAAGUUCCACAGCCCCCUACCCGAGGGCUCCAUCUACAAGCCUGUCGAGGACAUGGUGCUCAAGAGACACGAGUUCUCGCAGGAAAACUUCCCCAUGGACACGGAUGUCUUUGCGGGCAAGAUUGUCCGCGCGGCCAUUAAAGGUGAGGGGUGGUUCGGCGGCUGGUUUGGCCGCACGCCGGAUUGGAUUUGGACGGGUGGUCUGGCGAGACGUACGUGGCUGGGCACGUAUUUCCCGGAUUCGUGGAUGGAGGCGCUGGUGGGCAUGUUGUCUGAGGACGAUGUGAUUACGGCCAAGAUUCAUGCUGCUGCGGCGGCGGAGGCCAAGGGCGAGUAG